CAACGCUUUUUUAUCACUUGAAAAGAAAUUUUCGUUGGAACUUUUUUAAAAAAUUAAAUAAAAUAAUAAAAUAAAGAAGAAGUUGAGCAAAACCGUGUGCUUUAGGAAGACUCUCUUUUACGAUUUAACUAAAAAAAAACAAAUAAAUUUGAGUAAUGUUAGUGGUGUGCAAAGGAAUGGUGUGUGUUUGAUGGUAAAAAAUAAUAAUCUCAGACUUUUGAAUACAAUAAAUCAGUGACUUUUCAUGCUGAACCCUUUUUCCAAUUAAAACUUAGCGUAUACUGUGAACAUUUUACAUUAAAAAAAAAGAAAGAAAGAAAAUCAACCGUUUUUACUGCCAUUAGAAAGGAAAAAAAGAAACAAAUUUUACAAGAAAAAAUGGAAAUUGGAAGUGAGAUGUUUUCCAUGGCGCUGGCUCUAAAGCUGCAGAGGGUCACACCACCAACUCCCGAUGUGGCCUCCCUCAGGCUGGCAGAGCCCAUGAUUAGGGGAUCCUACAAUACGGACUGGGACACAUCGUCAGAUGAUUUUGAUGACUAUCAAACAGGGAGUGGAUACAAUUCCACCGUGAGCUCAGAAUCGCAGGACAAUGAGCUCUUCUACCGACACUCCUUCACCAUGACUGCCGUCUAUUGCGUGGCGUAUGCCAUUGUGUUCACCGUGGGACUCAUUGGGAAUAGUUUUGUUAUCGCCGUGGUCAUGCGGGCACCCCGGAUGCGAACAGUCACCAACUACUUCAUCGUCAAUCUCGCCCUAGCUGACAUCCUUGUGAUUGUUUUCUGCCUCCCUGCUACCCUCAUGAGCAACAUUUUCGUCCCCUGGAUGCUUGGGUGGCUCAUGUGCAAAACCGUUCCCUACGUGCAGGGCGUCUCUGUGGCAGCAUCUGUCUACAGUUUAAUCGCCGUGUCGCUGGACAGAUUCUUGGCGAUUUGGUGGCCCUUGAAGUUGCAGAUAACGAAAAAGAGAGCACGCCUCAUGAUUCUCUGCAUCUGGAUCAUCGCCCUCACCUCUACAAUUCCUUGGGCGCUCUUCUUCGAACUGGUGCCUUUCUUCGGUGCCACACCAAAUACCUCCACGGAAACCCGCGACAUCCAGCUAUGCUUGGAAGUGUGGCCUCCGGGAACUGAUGGAGCACUUUACUUCCUCCUGGCCAACCUCAUUGCCUGCUACAUUCUACCCAUGCUCCUCAUCACCCUCUGCUACAUCCUCAUAUGGGUUAAAGUGUGGCGAAGAUCCAUUCCGGGAGAUUCCAAGGAUGCCCAAAUGGAUAGAAUGCAGCAGAAGUCCAAGGUAAAAGUGGUGAAGAUGCUGGUAGCUGUGGUGAUCCUCUUCGUGCUCUCAUGGCUUCCACUCUACGUGAUCUUUGCCCGAAUAAAGUUUGGUGGUGCAAUGAGUCCCAAAGAGGAGGAAAUUUAUCAAGUAGCUACACCAAUAGCACAGUGGCUGGGUGCCUCAAAUUCCUGCAUCAAUCCCAUCCUGUAUGCCUUCUUCAACAAGAAGUACCGUCGUGGAUUUGCCGCCAUUAUCAAAUCUCGCUCCUGCUGCGGCCGCCUGAGAUAUUACGAAAGUGUGGCAAUCCCAUCGUCCUCCACGAGCACACGAAAAUCGUCGCACUACCACAACAAUCAGAGCUCCACGAAGAAGCCACCGUACAGCCCAACGAUCAAGAGUGAUCCCGUGUCGUAUAUUUGUGAGCACAACGGGAAGAAGCACAUUGCGAAGCAAGAUAGCAAUUUGUCGCGACAGAUGCUCCUUAAACAGGAUAGCAAUGUGUCCAGGCAGUCAUCACUGCUAAAGCAGGAUAGCAUUGGAUCGAGGCAGAGCCUCACAAAGCAGGAUACAUGCAGCACUGUUUCACGCCAGGAUAGCAAUAAUUCCCGGCAGAUGUUGCUAAAACAGGAGAGCAAUGGCUCUAGGCACAUGCUUUCGAAGCAAGAUUCGCAAAUUUCGUACAUUGACUCGAAGAAGGGACAACUGAUGCGACAGGACUCGGAUUUAGCCCGAAGGGGGCUCUUUAAGCAGGACAGCACCAUUUCGUACAUCGAACCAAGGAAGGGUGUCCUGUGCAAGCAGGAUACUCAAAUUUCCUACAUCGAGAGCAAGAAGAACUCCCUGUCGAGUCAAGACAGCGUGGUGUCGUUCAUUGAGCACAAGAGGCAUCAGCUUGUGAAACAGGAUUCAAUCAUGUCGUAUGGGGACAAGCCAGUGCUUGUGAAACAGGACUCAGUCAUAUCGUUCGCCGAUCAGAGGCGUGGAUAUCUCACGAAGCAGGAUUCCGUAAUAGCCUAUCCUGCCACCAGACACGGUGAGGGUCAUCACGUGUCCAUCCUCAAGAAGACAGAUUCACAGGGUAGCUCACCGAGUCGCAAGACCAUUGAAUUUAUCUCACAGUAAAGCGACUCCUUGCGUCCUCGCUCUCUCGCCUCCGCUCCCCACACGGCAAUGGAGAUAUCCUCUAGGCGACAUUACAUCGCCACAUUACUUUUAUUUGAUCUUUUUUUCACCUCCACCUGCAUUCGAGGGAGUAUCUAAUAUGGACGCUGUGCGUUUCUUUAGUCAUCAUCAUUUUCCCUCCACUCCAUUUUCCACAAAGGAAAUUCAGGUGUGACUGGCAGAGUUGGAUGAAGAGCAUAGGAAAAUUUUUCCACAUAAAGAUUAGGAUGAAAUUUUUGCAAACUACAAUUCUUUUUAAUUUUCUUUUUUUCCGGUAAUUUUUCAUUAAAAAAAUACGUAAUUUUUUAUUUCAAUUUCAUUUAUAUGAAAAACUUUAAUGAAAAUUUGUGCCUUCACAAUUUAAGAUUGUAAAAUAUUUUCAAAUUUCUUUUUUGGAUCUUCCCAACACUUUCCACAUUCUUUUAACACAAAAAAAUGAUUAUUUCCGCAAAAAUGUAAUGCCUAAUCUUUAUCUGGUGAGCUCCAACUCUGAUGAUUGGUUUAAUUGAAUUGGCAUUUUGAUGAAUUGAAGCAAUUAGUUAUUGUAGUAAAUUGCGAGUGAUUUUCCCAUGAGAGUUGACUCGUAUUAUAUUUAGUAGAUUGUCAAAACUAAUUUCUAAUACAGACGCAGGUCGUCUUCAGUAAAAAUGAGAAAGAAAGAAAAAAAAACUAUUUUUAUUCACCAAAGAAAAACCUACUGCCCAAUUUUCAUUAAAUCUCCCGCCAAUUUAUUUGAGGCGCAAUAAAACGAAGAUUUAGAGACAAAAACAUAAAAUAAAAAAAAUUGAAACAAUAUUUAAAAAUCAAUAAAUUUAGCCUAAAUGUUAAGUGCAUGGUAAUUGUAUAAAUGUAAAAAAAAUAAAUAACUAAAUAAAACUUAUACGAGAAGAAAUCUUCAAUGAAUAAAUAAUAUAUUGUAUAAAUGUGUAUGAGGUAAAUGUAAAAUUAACAUAAAAACUAAAAAGCUUAAGACUUAGAUAUAAUUAAAACUUAAAAGAAAGAUGAAGGAAUGGUUAGAGAAAUUAAACAAGAAUUAAUUUAGAAUCGCAUUUUAGGGUGAUUGAAAUGAAAUUUCAAGGAACAGAAAAGCUUUUGAAAUGAAAACUUUUUUAGAUAAAUCUCCCUCCGUGGAGAAAAAGGGGAAAAUACUUGGCAAAAACAAUGGAUUUUGUUGGAUGUAAACUUUUAAAACAAAUAGCAUUAACUUUGCAAUGUUUAGGUCUCUACAGACAUUAUGGAAUUACAUACAAAAAAACAAAUAUUUAAUGAGCUUCAUUGCAGAUGAAAAUAUCAAGAAUUUUUCUUCAGUUGUAGUUCCCACAAAUCAUUAAUUAAAUAGUCAAUAUAUAGGCAAAUCCCAUUCUAGUAUUUUGGGCAGAUUUUAGUGAGAAACUAGAAAAAAUUAGAAAAUAAAUAAAAAUGUACGAUGUACGCACACUUUAGCACAAAAAUGUUCCCAAACGAAAAGAGAAUAGUGGGCCAGCAGUGGGUGGAAUUUCGGGAUAGGCUGAGAAAAUCAAUGACUACAUUAAAUAAGAUUUCUUUAUCUUUUAAAAAUCUUGUAAUUUUUUAAUAGAAUGUUUUAAUAAUUACUUCAAAAGUUGAAAAAUUCAAAUGAAUCUAAUGGUUUCUUAAGACUAUUUUGCUUUUAUUUGAUUUUUUAAUUUUAUUGAAUUUAAUAUUGAAAAAAAAUACAAACUUUUCAAAACUUCGAAGUCAUUGAUUUUUCUUAAUAAGUCGAGGGUAAAUGUAAUAAAACAAGAAUUAUAAAAAAAAUAUCCAAUAAAACCAAUAAUAUUUGUAAUCGUAUUGAGAGAAAGCUAAAUGAAAAUGUACCAUGCUAAUUGUUGAAGAAAUCUAACUAAUAAGAACAAUACUUAUAUAUAUCAUAAAAUAGAGAAAAGAGAUUUAACUAAAGUAUAAAAAAUAAAAAAUAAAAAUUCAGUAUUGAUGAGAGGAUCUAUUUUUGUAUCUUUAAAAAAAAAACGAGGCAUUAAAAGAAAAAUCAAGACGAUUUUCUUAAAAUUCGUCAAGUGUGAUAACGGGUUGAGUCUAAAAACAGAGAAUUGAAAGAGAAAAAAAAACGAGAGAUUUAUUAAAGAAUGUUGAAGAAAAAAACUCUAGAUGUUUCAGAGAAAAUAAAAACAAAUUUCACUGUAAAGAUGGUUAAAAAAAUUUUUAAAGAGAGAAUAUAGAGAAAAAACAUAUUUUUACACUAAAAUGACAAAUUACAUUAAAAAAUGAAUAGCUUACAGAAAAAUUUCCUAUAUAUUCAUUAAAUGUAAAGAAAAAUAGAAAUAGUUUAUUAUUUAGAAUUUUAUCUUU